AUGAAGGUCACAGCAACCAUCGCCGGCCUCGUAGCCCUCACAUCCGUCGCCUCUGCAUUCCCCUUUGGCGGCGGCAGCGGCGGCAAGGGCGACAAGGAGUGGAAAGACUUCAAGGACUAUCCAAAGGGCUUCCCUUUCAAGUUCACCAGCAUCUACCAAGUUACGGCCACUCCCGACCAGGUAGUCAAUGCCAACAACACCGUGACGCCAGGCGAGCCAGGUGCCGUCGGUUACUACAACUACGGCAUCAACAGCGAGCUUGAUCUGAUCUGCUGGUACAUCACCCUGAAGGGCGUCACCGGCCCCUACCAAUCGCCCGCUCGUACUGCUACACACAUCCAUCAAGCAGUCAAAGGCCGCAUCGGCCCUCCCCGAAUCGCCCUCACUAAUCCCGAGCCCGCCAACUCGACCGCUUCAGUCGACAAGAUCAGCGUCGGGUGCCAAAGAGGUCCUUUCACUACUGGCAUCCUCGCCAAUGGCACAGACACAGGUACUGGCUUCAUGGUGAAGCAGAUCGAGGAGAAUCCGAGUGGGUUCUUCACGGACGCGCAUACUGUUAGCUAUCCAGCUGGUGUGGUUAGGGGACAAUUGGCUUAG